AUGAUCCCAAUACGACGUUCCAGAUGUUACUGCUCAUUAGAUAACUCUAGCUUGUCUCGAAUAAUCGCCAUCAACAGUGCCAAAAGCUUUCAGCAGUCGCUUUCGAGCAAUUUGACACUUGCAAAACUGGCAAAAGCUUACCAGAACGGCAAAUUCGCCAUUGAUGACGGCAGUAAAGAGAUCUCCGAUGACUUAAACUCAACUAGAACAUUGCCGCUGGUCAAGCUUCCUAAAAACCAGAUUUUCAAUGAGGUUCUGAAUGAUCCAAAGGUAGGCGACUGGAGAAAGCCCGCGACAAAAUGGUUUCGUUUGGGGAAGAGUCUGUUGAAAAUGUAUAUGAAUGGAAUUAAAAGUACUUGGAAGGUUUAUUUCGGCACCAGAAAACUGAUGCAGGGAUCAGGAGCUUCUAGAUCGAUAGUGACAUCAACUUAUCGAAACUUGGAAUUUCAGCAAAUCCAAAAUAGAGUCAAAUCUGAUGAUACAGUAAAUCUUGGGCUUACACGGAAGCAAUUUCAGGAGAUUCACAGGCGUCAGGAAUUUUGGAAAUUGCCGGUUUUUCUGAUUUUGUUUUUGGUGUUCGAAGAAACACUGCCCUUCAUAUGCUACCUGGUUCCUUCUCUGGUACCCUGGAAUUGUCUGACACCAGGCGCCUUUAAAAAACUUUCAGAGCGCCGAAUUGCUUCCCAGCAACAAUUGCCAUAUCAAAAUUCAGGAUCAGACGUCUGCUAUACUACGCCCUAUGCUUUGCAGUGUUCAUAUACCAGUGAUCUGCUCAAAAGUUUCAAAAUGCUCUCCAGCACCAGAGCAUUGCUUUACAGCUGGUCUGGGAACAAUAAUAGGUUAUGCGAGUUGCUGGCUCGAUUUCACCAAUAUCUGGUCUUGGACGAUUGGUUUCUUCUGCAAAGCAUUUUGAACACUAACGAAAAAACUAUCCUGUCCCAAAGCGAGCUUGUCAACGCGAUUCUUGAAAGACAACUUUACCGUCCAGGUGAAGAUCUGAAUCAGCUGGUCUCCACUGAAUAUGGUCAGAAAGUGCUUGCUUGGCGUCUCAUCAUUUACUGGUCUUUCAGAUUUCAGGGCACCAUCACUACUGGCGGAACAAAGACCUUUUCGGAGCUAUGGGGCGUUAAUAAUAUUGGGAUACUGAACUAUCCUGGUUCCCAAAAGCUUGUUGAUGAAUCAAGUCUGCGAUGUAUCGAAGUCAGGGACUAA